AUGGCGGACUCUGGUUUUGGAUGCAAAGAAAGGCAUGAAGCCAAAUCCCAAAUGGAAGGUCUAACCGAGAGCACAGCCUUCGGAGUUAAAAUUGGUUUGUACAAGGGAAUCAAGGUAGCUGUCAAAUCUUUGGAAAUCGGAAGACUUCAUGUUUCCAGAGCAGUUCUCCUGGAACUGAAACAGAUAAGAAACAUUACCCACGAGAAUCUGGUACGUUUUGUAGGUUUCUGUCCAGACGAGCCAAAUAUUGCUCUCCUUUCGGAAUUCAUUUCCAGAGGGAGUCUACGGGAUCUUCUUGAUAACGACGUCAUCAAGAUCGACUGGCCUUUUCGAUUUUCAAUUAUAAAUGACAUUUUGGAGGGACUUGCAUUUCUUCACAAUAGUCCUAUCGGUUUUCAUGGUCACUUAAAGUCCACCAACUGUGUGAUUGACGGAAGAUUUAUGGUGAAAAUAACAGAUUAUGGUCUGUUAUCUCUGUUGGCACAAGAUGGCUUUAGAGUCACGUGUUGUUUUUUAUGUCUAGAAACUUUGCUGUGGACAGCACCAGAACAUCUACGUAAUAAGAUCUUUGGUCAGUAUGGCUCAGAAAAGGGUGAUAUUUACAGCUUUGCCAUCAUUUUACAAGAAAUCGUCACCAGAUUGCAGCCUUUUGAAAGAUCCGAAAAAGAAAAUCAAAUCUCCCCUAAAGAAAUAAUUCACAAGGUUAAGGUGGGAACUAAGCCCCCGUUCCGACCUGAGGUUUCCCCCGAAGACUGUCCGUUAGACUUUCUGGAUAUGUUGUAUUCUUGUUGGAGUGAGGAUCCAGCAUCCAGGCCAAAUGUCUCAAGCAUAAAACAACAGAUGAAGAAACUCAGCAAGGGAAUGGGGAGUGGCAAUUUCUUGGACAGUUUACUUAAACGAAUGGAACAGUAUGCAACCAACUUAGAACAACUGGUAGAAGAAAAAAGCUCCGCUUUUUUGGAAGAGAAGAAAAAAAGUGAAGAGUUACUCUAUCAGGUUAUUCCAAGAUUAAAAUACUACAUGUUUGAUAUGAACUUUAAGUUAAUAACGUUAACUUAUACCUCCAUUGCUGUACUCUCGGCUGAAAGCGACGUGAAUCCCACAAUAUCGCUAAAAAAGAUGGUCACAGAUUCAAAGGUGGUUGAUUUGCUAAACGACCUCUAUACGACUUUCGACGAUAUUCAUGAAAACUAUGACGUGUAUAAGGUGGAGACUAUCGGUGACGCUUACAUGGUUGUGUCAGGACUUCCUGUCUCGAACGGAAAUGAACACGCCCGGGAGAUUGCACGCAUGUCCCUAACGCUCAGAGAAGCCAUCCGGAAUUUUAAAAUCCGCCAUCGUCCAGAACGAACAAUGCAAAUCAGGAUAGGAAUGCACACUGGUUCGUGUGCUGCCGGUGUGGUUGGCCUGAAGAUGCCGCGCUACUGUCUAUUUGGUGACACCGUUAAUACAGCAUCUCGCAUGGAAAGCAAUGGAGAAGCAAACAAAAUUCACGUUAGUCCAACAUCGAAAGCUAUUUUAGAAACAUUCCGAACAUUCAUUAUUUCAGCGAGAGGAGAAGUAGAGCUCAAGGGCAAGGGGAAAAUACUCACCUACUGGCUGGAAGGAGAAUCCAAUGAUAUCCCAGAAACUAAUGAACAGUUUCUUCGACGUGUGAAACAGGAGAUAAUGGAGGUAUCCGAUUGAGGCGUAUUUUUCAAAACAAGCUGAUUAUCUGUUAAAUAUUAUUACUUUAUAAAUAUAGUUAUCAGGAAAUAAGUAUUUCUAUGCAGCACGGUCAAAUAACGCUAAUGAAAAUAAACCAGUACAACACGUUUGGACAUAUUAGAUAUAAAAUAGCUAGUGCAACAUAAUUUAACACCGUUGAUAUAAAAGUAUAUCAUAGGCAAAUAAUUUAAUAUUGUGUUUUAACAAAUACAGCAUAGAAGCAAAGUUUGUAUAAUGUAUUAA